AUGUUAAUUGGGACUGAGAUCAUCUCCAGCACAGUUUCCUUAGUUAGCAAGAUCAGAGAAAGAUUGCUAACAGCUCAAAGCAGGCAUAAGAGUUAUGCAGAUAAGAAGCGCCGGGAUAUAAUAUUCAACAAAGGCGACCAUAAAGAAAGGGAAGUUGAAUCCAAGAUAUAUAUAGGGCCUUUUGAGAUUCUGGAGGCAGUUGGUGAGGUUGCUUAUAUAUUAGCAUUACCUCCAAGUCUUGCUGCUGUUCACAAUAUUUUUCAUGUGUCCAAUUUGAGGAAUCACAUUCCUAAUACCAACCAUGUAAUUCAUUAUGAAGAAGUUCAGUUAGCAAAAGAUCUAUCAUAUGAAGAGAGACCAACCCAGAUCCUGGCCAGGCAAACCAGGAAGUUAAGGAAUAAGGAAGUAAGUAUGGUCAAGGUGCUUUGGCACAACAGUUCAGUAGAAGAAGCCACCUGGGAAGUAGAAUAG